AAAGAUAUACUGACCGGAAGCUUCGUCAACAGGCGGGAAGUUGAAAGUUUGUGUGUUGUCUCUGUUCAAAAAGCUCGUUAGCUAGGUAGCUAGCUACAAGUUGUCCGUCAGGAUGGUGGACAGAAAUCUUGUGAAGGAGUUGAAACGUUGGGCAACAGAGGAGUUCGGGCUUCCACCCGAUAGCCUACCAAGUGAUGGCUAUUUUAAAACCCUCUGUGUUGGUACAGGAAAUUCAAUAUGGAAAUAUGUCAUCCAACACGUUUUUAAGCCGAAGAAUGUGAGGAUCAUGCGUGGAAAUCUUCAGUGGUACAAGGUUCUUCAAGACAAAGAGUUAAAGCAGGCUGAAGGCCAGAGUGAGGCUGCAAAGCAGAGAGACCUUCAGAGGAAGAUUGAGCAGCUGAGAGCUGAAAUCAAUCACCUGGACUCUCAGAUUAGUGGAGCAGAGGAGAAUCUGGCUGCACAAGAGCAGUCUAUCAGCAAUAACUGGGCCCAGGUGUCAGACACGCAGCGCAGAGAGCUGGUUCUGCAGGCUUUCAGGGAGCGCUGUCUCUUGGGUCGCAAUUUGCUUUCUGAAGACACCCAGAAAAUCAGUGAACACUGUCAGACAUUGGAACAGAUGGCCAGGAAAGCAGAAAUUGAGGUGCCAUUUGAUGAUGAGACUUUUGGUGAUUGUGAUAACCUCAAAGCUACCAUGGAGGCACAAGUUCUGUGUGAUGUGAGAGAACUGUGUGAUGACAGGGUUCACUUCUAUCAGUCUUUACAAGAGAGUGAACUGAAAACAGCACACACAGCCAAACACAUGACGCAGGAACAGAGGACUGCCAUGUUUCAUUACUGGCUGAGCGCUGUGGAGAACCUACUGGGUGGUUAUCCUCCAAACCACAUCCUCUCAGCAUUACAGCAUUUAGCUUUAAGAGAACAGAAAGAACUACAGGACAAACUAGCUUCUCUGGAUGUGACAAGGGAUGUUACAGCUCUACGCUACCGAUAUGAAAGCAAUCACCUCUUGGACACAUCAUCAGAAGAGCAUAAUGAAUUGCCACCGGUUCAGGUCCUCCUACAGUCUGCUUGGGAUGACAUACAGCAGAGCUUAGUGGAACUGGCCCAAACUCGCUCCAGAGUUCAGAAGCUCAAAAACCAGCUGUUGACUCGUAAGAAUGAGGCUGGAGAGGAGGUGUCUGGUAUUGCAGAUGAUGUCAACAAUGAUACUUUGCCACUGUCAGUUUUAGAGCUGGAACUCCAGUGUGUGAUGCAGGUGGCAGCCCGGGAUCACAUAAGAGACUGCUGUAUCCAGCUCGACCAGCAGGCCAGAAGCAGAGAGGAGGCGCUCAGAAACCUCCGCAGCCAGUGGCAGAGCAUCCUCGACUUCAGACACCUAGUUGCUGUUAGACAGGAGCAGAUAAGAGGUCUGAUUAAGGGGAACUCCACAACUAAGACAGAGUUAAUACGUCUUCACACAGAGUUACAGGAAUUUGUCCGGAGUAAGGUGGUGCCAACGUUAGAAAAUGUUACCUGUACCGCCAGCAGUUUAAGAAACUCCAUUUCUAAGGAAGCCAGACUUUUGGCAACGGUUUCACUUUUUGCUCUGGACAGAAGGACUCUUGAAGGAGAGCAAAGAAUCCCUGCAUCAUGGUUAUCCAUUCAUCGUUUGCUGUCUCCAACCUUCAGCAGCUUGUGCCAAAAUCUUUCUUUCCCUCUGUGCAAGGCUCCAGAGGACUUGUGUUCCCAUGUGCUCUCCCAGAAGCUUGAGUUGCGUUUUUUCCAUCAGUUACUGCAACUUCACUCUGCUACACUGUUAAAAAAACAGAAGGAAGCAGAGCACCUCCUUGCAUCUGAUCAAAAAGCCUUGCUGUCUAGGGUCAGUGAGGAAGAUCAAAAGAUUCUGAAAUCUCUGGUUCCAAGAGUCAGAAGCCUCACUCAGCGUUGUGCCCACGGCCUUUCCUAUGGGGACCAAGUCAAAACUGCCAUUGCUUGCUGGUGGGAUAAACCAGCACAGCAUGUUUUACCUGACCUCACUAAAGGAGGACUCACUUUUCAGCAGUGGUUACAAAGGUGGAGACUUGCUGCCAAAGCCUCUUAAGCAAUGCAUUUAGUUUAAAAAUAUAAGUUUCUAUUCCAACACUUUUCAUGGAACGUAAUCUUUUCAGUUGAUUAAUACAUUCUGCUGCACCUCAUCUGAAUAUCUCUUAUACUGAAUACUCUCCCUUGCUUCCACUGAAAGUUCAUAAGGAAGGAACUUCUAAUACCCACUAAACAUGAGGAAUGAUUACACGAAUAAAACGUGUUUCAAUAUGAAGAUGGGCCCUUUAUUAUGCUUUUAAGAUUACCUUUGAGCGUUGUAAGUCUUUUACACUAUGCCACAUUUUGUACUAAUUUUGUCUUGUGUCAAAGUUUAGAAUCUCUCUGUAUGACCUUUAUUAUUUUGGUUUAUAUUUGUCUCAUGAAACUAAUAAUUCUGUGUUAUUUAAGAUUACCACAAACAGAAACAUCAGGUUAUGAUUGAACAAAACUGAAUGGAAACUAUAAAACCAUAUACAAAACCAGUCAGGUAUAGGCUGGCUUGUCCAUUUGCAUAGGUUGGGUAAUGCAGGAAUAAGUUGGCGGUCAAGAGUUUUUCGUAGAUGCUGAAAGGUUUGGGCCAUAGAACACCGUAUUUAGUCAUGACAAGACAAAACUAAACAUUUGAUGUGUCUCGCUUUAUGGUGAUGUGAUGACUGCUUUUCACUAUAUAGUUAAUUAAAUAAUUGUUCUGGUUAUGACCAAAUCACACACUUACUGGUCUUGCUGUUUUACCAUGUGACGUCACUCACCAAUAAAUCAUUUAAAAACAAA